AUGUUUUUCACCCCCAUUACAUGGGGGCUUCUGGCCUGUUUUACUGGAACUGAGAUGAAGCUCAUAGGUAUGGCCUCUACUGUGCUUGUUUUUGCAUUUUUAGGGGGGUUUUCUCUGCAAAUUCGCGGUAGCCCAUUUACGGUGCUUUUAGUUUGUUUCGCAUUUUUGGGCUCGUAUGCUGUGUAUACAUCAGCAAGGCCACUGAAACUGUGGAACAUGAAAAAGUGGAGGUACAUUUUUGCUGCUGGAACACGUAUUUUUGGAAUGAUUUUUGGGAUUUUUUUUCGUGAUGAAUUUUAUGUUGUGGCCACAAUCAAGUAG